UCACCUACUACGACUCACUGAAGUUCGAGAAAAGUUUGACAAGCCCGGAGAUCAUAAAGGAGGAGAUACAGACCCGCAGAGGAGACACAUAAUCGAUACUAAAGGUGUUUUGCUCCUCCAAAAACGAUGAACACCGUUGGCCAGAAAGUGCUGGCUUCUGGGUUUAAUCUUGACUUGGGGCCCCUGAAAGAGCCGUUGGCUUUUAUCCGUUUGCUAGAAUGGGUGUUCUCCAUAUUUGCCUUUGCUACGACUGGAGGUUACAGCGGCAUGAGCAGUGUCAACAUCCAGUGUGCUGGGGCAGCCAGUCAGGAAAUACAUACAAACUUCAACUACCCGUUCAGGUUGAUGCAGCAUCCGUAUGAUGUUCCUGACUGUAAAGUUAAUCAAACUACCACCGUUUCUUACUACCUGACUGGAGACCACACAUCCUCGGCACAGUUUUACGUUUGCAUCGGAGUGUUUGCCUUUCUCUACAGCACUGCUACACUGGUCCUCUAUUUGGGUUACCAGCACUUGUACAGGGAAUCAAGUCGUGGCCCCACUGUGGACCUGCUGGUGACUGCGGCCUUCGCAUUUAUGUGGCUGGCAUCAUCCUCUGCUUGGGCUAAAGGCCUCUCCGAUGUGAAGUGGGCCACCAGUCCUUCAACCAUUGUGUCUGUUAUUGAGGUUUGCAAGGAUCCCAAGAACAAGUGCACCCCAGGUGCUAUGCCUCACAUGGGCCGACUAAACGCCUCAGUGAUUUUUGGUUUUCUUAACCUCAUCCUGUGGGGUGGAAACUGCUGGUUCAUCUACAAGGAAACACCUUUCCACCAAACAGCCAGCCCGCCUGCUGACACCGAGGGGGGAGUCAGGCCAUCGUAACUGCACAGCUUCCUCAUUUCUUAACUGUCUAACAUGUAGUGUUGUUAAAUGAGUUAUUUUGGUACUAAUUGUUCAAUUGCUGUAGAUUACAAGGUACACACAUUUCAAAAUAUGACUGCUCCUUUUUUGCAAAACAUACAUUUUAAAUUUAGGACUAUUAUUUCAAAUUCAUUUCGAAAGGUACUAAAACGUGAGUUGUUCAGACUGAAAUCAGGUCAGGAAAGUACCGCAGGUGUGUACUGUUUAGCCUUGUUAGUGAUACACCAUAAUCGGUCUCCAUGUUUACUGCCAUCAUUCCAAAACUCAGGGCUAUUGAGAGUACAAAUGACAAAAUAAAUAAUUAAUAUGAAAUACUUGAAGUGCAAUUGUUAUUAUCACAAAUGUAGACUGUACACAAAAUAAAAUUGCAGUCCAAUCCAAAAAAUGUAGGUAUCAGAAAUUUGAGUUAAAAUGAAUUAAUUUUAAAUAGUACUUAGUAAUUACUAUUACUUAGUAAUAGUAAUUUGGAAAAAUAAUUCAGUUGCCAAUGAGAUUAACUGUAAAGCAAUUUUUGGUUUUUUUUUUCUGUUUCAUUGCUAUGUUGCACCUCAUCAUCUCAUUAUGUUAAGCUAAUCUCGCUAUUUUAGCACAACAGCUGAAUAUUUUGUUAUAGGCGUUGGAUGUAUUUGUUUGGAGCAUGCUAGUUCUUUUUGAACUUAACAUUUAAAACUAUUACUUAUUUGGUAUUAUUUGCAGAUGUUUUUCUGAAAGUAGGGCAUUUUUUUAUCUUUGUCCUGCAUGUUUAUAAUGUUCAAAUCAAGGAAUUUAUAGGACAAUUGCCCAUCAAGGUCCUGUAAUAUUUCAAUACCAAUGUACAAUCAACUUUAUAACUUUACCUAGUUGUUGUUUUUCUACUCAUUUUUAUUUGUCUGAUAACUAACCUGUUGUUAAUUAACUGCAUUUAAAAAAAAUCUUGCUUUAUCUUGGCUUCUACCUCCACGUAGUUAUAAGGGAAGGCAAGCUAUUUGUUUCUCUAUUAUUGCCAUGAUAAUGAUUUCUUACUUUGAUGAAAGCCUUUCUUGAUUCUCUACUUCACCUCUGUGUCGAUAAAAGUGUCACAUGGAUGAAACUGCAGUACUGGACAGUGUGGACAUGAAAUGCUGUGUGUCAUUAAAAACAAGAACUGGA